GUUUCCCAGGGUUACCAUCAACAAGUCAGUCAGCCCACUGUAGCUAACGUUAGCUAAGUCAGUGUGCUUUUAGAUAGUAGCUACCAUUUGCGAAUAGCUGUAUGAUAUUGAACUUAGAAAACAGCCUCGUGGCAAUCAAACUUAGCAUAAUGGUAAUUUAGCUAUAUAUAUAUCAUUAGCAUAGGAAGCUUUGUAGCUAACAUAGUUACUUGUUACCGUACAUUUAGCGAACACUAGCUUACAUGCUAACGUCAAUGAACGCGAUCAGAGGAAACUGUUUAUAGUUUUCAGAAUGACAAAUCAGCAGUUCAGGACACUGGCUUACACAAAAAGCCCCAAAACAUCAAGGAGGACAACAUUUCAGGAUGAACUUCAGGCUGCUGUCUCCGCCAGGGCAAGCAAAUCAAAAACGGAUCAAUACUCGUACUCUGAUGACUUAGAUGAAGAUGAUUUUUUGAAUGAACUCAUUAAAUCAAGAAAAAAGAGGGCUGGUGCGCUUAAGGCUGGAAAAAGUAAAUCCAAAAUCAACGACUUUGAGAUUUCAGAUGAUGAAGGCAAACACGGUAGGACAAAGAAAGUUUCAUUUCUGAAAACCCAAAGAAUCUGCUCUCCCUCGGAAGACACAACGGCAUCAGAGUCACGAGAAAACGAGCGUCCCGACUCUUCCACCGGUCGACACAAUAAUUGUAAUGACUCAUUUUCCCCACAACGCUCCACAAACGUCAGUGAAGACAACAUACAAUUUAAAAGCAGUGAUGGUGAGUCUACGGCUCCUCAAAUCACAAGAGGCAGCUCAAGUAAAUCUCUGUCGUACCAAACAUCCGAUGACACUCUACAGGAUAUGCCAUUGCCCUUACCACCUGACAACAUAGUGAUGGAAACUCCAGUUCCAGGGGAGAGGAGCAACUUGGAAGAAUGCUCCCAGACUCCGCAGUUAUCAGCAACUGACCUCGAACACGUGUCCUCAGCAGAUACCCAGAGGGAGCCACCCAGGCCUAAACCAAGGCAAAGGACUCUUGGAUUGAGCCUCCACGCUGCGGAGAAAGUAGCAGAACAUGUUGAAUCUCAGGAUCUCAGCAGGCCUCAGACUUCCUCUGCAUCCAUUCCCCUCUCCGCAGACACAUUCAGCAACAGCACUUGGACCGAAGGAGAUCAUGCAGUUUCAUUCAGCCUCAGCAAAUCCUCUUCCAGUAAGAGUGAACAGUCACUUACGAAGUCUACGGUUGAUUCUGGAUCCAGAGAUGGCUUUCUAUCCGAUGACAGCAAAAAGCAGGAGAGAAAGUACUCCUCAUCAUUUGAAGAGUUUAAUGCAGACUCUGGAGAUCACUCACAUAAACUCUCUCAUGUCCAUGAAAAACCUUUUGAUACCAGGACAUCAAGUUCUCAUUCUAAGAGAUCUCAGAGUGUGUGCUCCAGGAAAGUGGAAUCAAAGUAUUUGGGAACCCUCAAACUUCUGGAUCGUAAAGUCUCACUACAAGAGUCUCAGCCACAAACAGCAGAUUCACUCAGAGCUGCCAUUUACCAGGUAUGGCUUCAAAAGAAAAAGGAAAAGUCAAGAGAGAUCAUGCAGCUAACGAAGAAAGAGGAAAUCCUGAAAGAAAAAAAGAAAAGGGAAGAAGAGGCUAAAAAGGAAGAUGCUGUUGCAUCAUAUGAGGCUUGGAAAGGAAAGAAAGCAGAAAGUCUCAAAGCAAAAGCCAAAGAAAAGCAAGAUGCGAUCAGAAAAGAGCAAAGAGCGCUCGAAGGGAAAGACGAAAAAAUGCAAUCUGCUAAACAGGUGUUUGAAAAAUGGAAAUGUGAACAUGAUCAUCUACUCAAAGAAAAGUCCAGAAAACAAAGAGAAGCUGAAAGUAAACUUCAGUUUAGAAAACAAGAAAAGGAGAAAGAAAGAAAGAGAGACAGCAAAUCUGCCGUUUCUGGCUGGCGGGACAAGAAGAAAGAUGUUCUCUAUGAAAAAGUCACGAUGGAGCGUGAAGAAAUCAAAAAUAAAGCAGAGGAGGAACGCUACAUGAAAGAAGAGAGAGAUAAAAUAGCUUUAGAGAUGUAUGAAAACUGGCUGGUACGGAAAGAUCUGGAACAGAAGAGACAAAGAGAAGAAAGACGAAUACAGACGAUACUCGAAGGCAGUCCACCUCCUCCGUGGAGCCCUCCAAAUAAAACGAUACCAUUUCGAAAAUAAUAUUUGAAUGUAACAUACCACCCUCACAAAAUAUCUGUGGGUUUUAUGUUACUUUUUUUUAUUGGAUAUUGUGCUUUAAAAAUAUUUGAUGGCAGCUGUUAAAUGAUAUAUUUUUGGUAGGAUUUGUAUUAGCCAGCAGCUGUAGUGCAAGUUUACAUUUUUAUAUGAUUUCUGAUGAAAUGUAUGCAGUAUGUUCAGAAAGUUGGGAAAAUGUUUCUGUGACAUGGUGACAUGUCAAUAUCAAAGGAAACUUGCAAUAACAAAAAGCUUUUUAUAAAUGUGGUGGUCUGUUUUUUACCAUGUUAUACAACUGAAUGUAAAGCAGCAAUAAUAAAUGAUAUUAACUUAAA